AAACUAAAAUCUGCUGCUGUGAGAGGCAGAGCGCCCCACGCAUGCGCAGUAGGACGGAGUCGGAGUCUGAGUCAGAGUCGCGCAUGCGCAGUAGGACUCGCAGCGGAAGCAGCAUGGCGGAGCCCGCACAGAAACACGCGCUGGAGAUGGUGCGGACGGACGGAGCAGACGAGGGCUGUGUGACGUUUGUGCUUCAUGAAGAGGAUCACACGCUGGGAAACUCACUCAGAUACAUGAUCAUGAAGAGUCAGGACGUGGAGUUCUGUGGCUACAGCAUCACACACCCGUCAGAAAGCAAGAUCAACUUCCGCAUACAGACGCGAGACGGGGUCGCGGCGUCUGAGCCUCUGCGCAGCGGACUGAACAACCUGACCGAAGUCUGCAAACAUGUGCUGCACACUUUUGAGGCUCGGAUGCAAGCAUUCAGGGAUAAAGAAGAACCGAUGUCAUGAAGAUCAGGACUCUCUCUGAAACUGAAGCGUUCUCUGCUCUUGAUUACACCAGACACAGACAGCUUCCUCUAGCAUGGAGAUGUGUGACUCUGAACAUCUUAUAUUAUGUUCAUUAACAUUGGUACAUGGUUUGUGCCGGUGCACUUAAACGUUUCUAAACUCACAUCUCGAGUAGAACCAGUAUUGAUUUAUUUUGUUUGUCUAUAUGAAAAUAUAUUCUGAGAGAAACACGUGUUAGAAGAUCAUACAAGGAAUUCAUUUUCAGAUAUACAAUAUAUUUAUAUUUUUCGCAGUGUUUAACGUGAGAGGAUACAUCAUAAAUCAUAAGAGACAUCAAAUGAGACACAAGUCACGUGAUCUCAGAUGAUUAAUUUUGAUUUUGAGCAUUCCUGAACAAUAAAAGCAGAUUGUAAUAA